AUGACCAGGAAGAUCUUCACAAAUACCAGGGAGCGGUGGAGGCAGCAGAACGUCAACAGCGCCUUUGCCAAGCUGAGGAAGCUCAUCCCUACUCACCCUCCAGACAAAAAGCUGAGCAAAAAUGAAACACUUCGCCUGGCAAUGAGGUAUAUCAACUUCUUGGUCAAGGUCUUGGGGGAGCAAAGCCUGCAACAAACAGGAGUGGCUGCUCAGGGAAACUUUCUGGGGCUCUUCCCUCAAGGACCCCCCCUGCCGGGCCUGGAGGACAGGACUCUGCUUGAGAACUACCGGGUUCCUUCACCUGGCCCAGGCCACCACAUUCCUUAGUGUGGCUCUAGCUGUCAUCUCCCCGGGCAGCACUUGCUCAGAAAUCACUGGCUGUGGACAGGCUUUUGCACAGUCCAGAGCUGACUUGAUGAUAAGUCGUGAAGCAUGAAUUUAAGCUUCCUGGGAGGUGGCUCAGGGACAGCUACAGGGAGCUGAAAGGAGCCAUGAGGAACGUCACUGGUGGGCUGCCACCUGCCAGGGAUGUCAGGUAGAGCAGCCUACCUCUGCCUAUUUUAAAUCCAGGUUCUGCAUAAGAGUUUUGGAUAAAAAAUUCUAAGUAAGAAAAAAAAGGGGUUGAAAAAUCACUGUUUAUGUCUUCAGUUAUAAGAAAGAAGUUUUCUCAUGAGGGAUCUCAGGUGAAUAAGUAGAAUAUGCUUCCUUCAGAACAUAUUUUAAAGUUUGUUUUGAAAAAUGAGAUGUGAUCAAGGGUGAACAAAAUCUUAAGAUUGAUGAGCUGGGCGCAGUGGCUCAUGCCUAUAAUCCCAGCACUUUGGGAGGCUGAGGUGGGCAGAUCACCUGAGGUCAGGAGUUCGAGACCAGCCUGGCCAACGUAGUGAAAUCCCCAUCUCUACUGAAAAUAUAAAAAUGAGCCAGGUGUGGUAGUGCACACCUGUAAUCCCAGCUACUCGGGAGGUUGAGGCAUGAGAAUCACUUGAACCUGGGAGGGGGAGGUUGCAGUGAGCCAAGAUCAUACCACUGAACUCCAGCCUGAGCAACGGAGUGAGACUCCCUCUCAAAAAAAAAAAAAAAGAAAAAGUUUUCUCAUAAUGGACUGCAGAUGGAUGAGUAGCAUAUGCUUCCCUCGGAACAGAUUUUAAAGUUGGUUUUGAAAAAUGAGAUGUAUUUGAUCAAGAGUGAACAAAAUCAAUCUUAAGAUUGAUGAAUAGAAAGAUAACCCCUGCAGAAACCAACCUGGGAGACUUGUGGGAAAAAUCUGUGGAGAAAAGACACCCCCCGCCCCCAGCUAAGGGGUGGGGAUUACAGGAAUGCAGCAGUUAUAUGUGAAAAAGUUCUGUAUCCUUUUAACUCUGUGGAAAUGUGAGGUGCUACUUGUGCUGAGCCAUUUGUACAUAGUGAGUUCUAAAGCCAAAUAGUGAAUUAUAUCUGUGAGAGGAAAGGACUGGACAAUUUAUGUAUUAGAGUUCAUAGUUUUCUUAUGAAAAACAGCUGAAAUAAGUUAGCUAAAGCCUUAGUUUCACAUGUCAUGCAAAGGAACUUUUCACUCAGCCUGAAUUCCUGCUGAUUUAAGACCUGUAAAAUUCAAUUAUAAUUAUGAAAAUCCAAACAUUACCAUUUAACGACUCAUUUAGCAGAGAGCUUAGUUUAAACAAAACAUUUAGAGUAAACAAUAGAAAUGUAAUACCAGACUCUAAUGAACUAAGGAAUUUGUAAUUUGUCUUCUUUGCUAUGGAGCAUUAGCUUAGUCUUAGGCUUGGAGGGCUGGUACCCAACAAGUCAAUGAAAUGGCACAGAUCUGGCAGAAUCCAUCACCAUAUGCCACCCUGAUGAUACUUGGAGUCAAAGAUAAAUCCCAUAGUUGAACCUGGAAUACAAAUAAUGUCAUUUGAUUAUCUCUGGGACAUUUUAUUUCCCCAAAGUUCUUGACAGUACAUUGGUUUUAAAACCUUCUGAACCAUAGGUAGGAAAUUGAUGGAUUUGAGAUUAGGGAUUUCCAGUGUAUACACAAUGGAGGAAUUUAAAUUUCCUGCCACUCAGAAAGAAGGUAUUUUACUUGUGAAAACUUGAAAUGAGGCUCCCUGGUCUGGUGAUUAGAAGAAAGCUGGAUGAAACUCUGAAAUCUAAUUCCCCUGAAAUAGAAAGGUCAUUAUGUCAUUAAACUCUAUACAGCUUUCGCACUUGUAAUGCAAUGCAUUUAUUUGAACCAGUUAGUUUUCCUUCUAGGCCCUUUAUUUAAACUGCAUUCGGUAAACUUCCCCACCGACCCUGCAUAGUCCAGAGAAACACAUAAGCAAAGAGGCCAAAAUGGUUUCCCUGAAUGUGCUUUUCUUUUCUUCUCACUAUCUUAUGUGGACACAAGCUUACCCCCAAAUUACUGGGAGAUAGUACAUUUCAAAGUUUUGGUGACAGUUGUCAAUUAACAUUACUUACUCUCUUAUCUGAAAUUAAAUCAAAAUAACACUUUUUAUGGUAUUUUUAUGUUAGCUUGUUUUAACAUGUUGCUAAGGAAAGCAAGAGCAUCUCUUUGCUGAAAUAUAGGAUUUUGCUGCUCUACCCAGGAUGAGUCCACUUUUCUGCUGCUGGGGCCGUGAUCUGUGUCAAAGGGGGCCAUGAUCUUGGACAAAGAAGGCCUUUCCACUGAAAUUAACAGAGUGCUUCUGAAAAGUCAUGAGGAGAUUGAGUUCUCAUUAAACUAUAUGAGGGGGAAAUUAUUUAAAGAAAUGUUGCAACAAAUCCUAUACUAAAUGAAUAAACAUCUAAAUCAUUAAUCUGUAUAAUUCAUCUCCUAAAUGAUUUCUUUUGCCUGCUUGCACUUUUGUAUAGCAGGUCAUGUUUAGUUAAAGUGACUGUUGAGCCAGGUGUGCUGGCAUGUGCCUGCAGUCCCAGCUACUUGGGAGGCUGAGGCAGGGGGACUGCUUGACAUUAGGAGUUUGAGGCCAGCCUGAGCAACAUAAUGAUACCUAUCUCAAAGAAAAGAAAGAAGGAAAGAGAAAAAAGAAAGGCAACUGUCAAAAAAAAAUAUAUAUAUAUAGUCAAAUGUGGACCAAAACUUCCACAAGGUAACUGGAGACUGGAAGCUAACUCAAAAAUCAUUCUAGAGUUCUUCUCUGAUUAAGAGCCUUCUCUUAAGGCUUGGUGAUGGCAGUAGCAAGAAUUUAUGAUUCAAAAACAUUAUAGUUCACUAGAUGGUACAUCCGUUUAUAGAUCAUUUGAGCCCAACAGAAUAGCUUCAACAGAUUAUAUAACCUAUGCUACUCUGUAACUGAAACAAACGGGUUCGGGGGCGGGCAUGGUGGCUCACACCUGUAAUCCCAGCACUUUGGGAGGCCAAGGCAGGCGGAUCACCUGAGGCCAGGAGUUUGAGAUUAGCCUGGCCAACAUGUUGAAACCCCAUCUCCAAAAAAAAUUAGCUGGGCGUGGUGGCAGGCACCUGUAAUCCCAUCUACUCAGAAGGCUGAGGAGGAAGAAUCACUUGAAUCCAGAAAGUGGCAGUUGCAGCCCAGCAGAGAGCAAGACUCCGUCUCAAGAAAAAAAAAAAAAAAAAAAAGAAAUGUUUGGUCUGCUAUGGACACCACUAGAAACUUCUAGAAACCAGGUAUAAACAGGUCCAUUGAUUCAUAUAGAUUAUUUGAUGAGCUGUGGGAUAAUGCCAACCCCUUAUUUUACAGAGGAGAAAAUGGUUCUAGAGGGUUUUGAAGUGACUUUCUAGAGGCCACAUGAGCAGUUAGUGGAAAACCAGGACCCAGAUCCAUGUCUGCAGACAUCGUUUAGACUUUCUACAGCCCUGUUCAGCUACCAAGUCUUUUAGGAUUGAAAAUGAAAAAGCACCUUAUCAUUAUGCUUGUCUCUUUUCUAUAGCAUUCAGUAAUCUUCAUAUGUCUUCUUACCGAAAUUCAAUUAUUGUGCUUUGUAAAAAUGAUUAGAUAUAUCAACCAAAGAUUUUAUUUGUUGAUGUUUUGUGAGUUUUUAACCAUUGAUUUUAAUUUGUUAUUUAACUCUUAAUUUAUUGCAAAUAAAUUAUUUAAGAAAA